ACGAGUGGUCGACAAGUUGAGACCAUUGUACAAUUAAUAUUAGUAAUUACUAAGUAAAUAGUAGCAGUGGUAAAUAAUAGCACAUAAUAGUGCAAUGGGACGACUGCAAGUGAUAAUAUUGUUGUCGUGUGGAUUUAUGGGUUCGGUGGUGAGCUGGCAGGAUGCCUUCGACCAGCAGAUGUACCAAGAUGUUCUAGAUGAAGAGAUCUGCAAUCGGCAGCUGGAAUUACUCAACGAGCAUCCACUCAGGCGUCAAUUUUUGGAUGCAAGCGCAAAAAUUCCAAGUGGUAUCUUAACGGGAAACCUUGCUAACUUUGGCGACUACCACCAAUGUCUCAGUAUCGACGGUCUUGUGCAGAACAUGAGAGUUCAGGGCAAGUAUUGCGCGAUCCUGGUUCCUCUCCAACAAGAACCUAUCGAUUGGCCUAGUAUACCAGAUUGGAACAUAACAUUGCCGGAGAUCCCAGGGCUGAAUUUUACCACGCCAAGCCCUGGGUUGCCAGAAGUUGAUCCCGAAACCGUCGCAGUGGUGGAGAGAUAUUCUAAGAUCAACUUGUGGGCGCACAAAUUUGCUGGCCAUAACGAAGAUGAUCACUCCAGGAUAUUUCCAGUAUUGUUGACAGCCCAGUACGGAAUGACUCUAGGUGUUUGCAUACCGAAGGCGUGCACGGCUCGACAGGCGCUAACGCACUGGCAGCAGGCCGUGCCUUUCCUUAACGUCGAGUUUCAGGAGUUCUACUAUCGCCUGCCCGGAGACAAACCCUUCGUUGCUGGUGACUACGUUGCUAUAGCUCUUUUAUCGUUCAUCUUACUGCUUACUGCGAUAAGCACUUCGUAUGAUCUCAUGCAGAAGUUCUACUUCAAGAAAGAUACGUCAGAAGGAAGCGACCUGUUCCGAAGCUUCUCAGUGUACACCAACUCCCGUCGACUGCUGAACUUCAGCUCGAACCCCGGAGCCUUGGACUGCAUCGACGGCAUCCGAUCCAUAUCUAUGAUGUGGAUUGUGGCUGGACAUACCUACUCCUUCACUAUACUCGGGUACAUUCAUAACCAGAUGGAUAUUCUUAAGUGGAUGACGGACUUCUCGAGCACAUGGAUCAAUGCGGCGCCCAUCACCGUGGAUACCUUCUUCCUCUUCACCGGCCUGCUCAUCGUAUACACCACUGUCGGCAAGAUGCGCAAAGAACGUUUCCUGCCUUUGUUGCACCUGUUCUAUCUGAACCGGUUCCUGCGCAUGUUCCCGUUGCUUGCCGUAGUCGUCUUACUAUCGUCGUCACUAGUUCACCACAUGGCUGACGGUCCCUUCUGGCUCAACGUGGCGCAGAGCACACACAACUGUCGCGAGUAUUGGUGGAGCGCGCUGCUCCAUGUCCAGAACUACGUUAACCCGAUGCAAGUUUGCCUGCAACAGACGUGGUACCUGUCGGUGGACACUCAGCUGUACAUCCUGUCACCGCUGGUGCUGUGGUGGCUGUGGGGUCACCGCCGCGGCGCGUGGAUUGCACUCACUGCCUUCACCCUGCUGGCUCUUGCCUCCUCCUCUGCUAUUAGCUACCUCAACAACUUCUCCGCUGCUCUCGCCAACUUCAACCGCGUUGCAGAGUUCAAUGACUACUUGAAGUACUAUUAUAUCAACACACUUGCGCGUGCGCCGCCCUUCUUCAUCGGAAUGAUCUACGGAUACAUGCUGGUUUUGUACAAGGACAAGAAGAUUAGAAUCUCCACGACGAACACCGCUCUCCUAUGGGUGCUGUCACUCUUGAUAAUGGCAUUCUGUCUGGUGUCCAUAUACCCGGUGAUGCAGGCGGACCACACCGCGCAGUGGUUCGACAACUUCCUCAACUCAUACAUGCGAGCGAUGUGGGCGGCCGCGCUGGGAUGGCUCAUCUUCGCCUGUGCUAAGGGAUAUGGAGGUCCAGUGAACUGGUUCCUAUCUCUGAAGAUGUGGAAGCUGCCGGCCAGGCUCUCCUUCGCCAUGUACCUCGUUCACGUGCCCAUCAUACUCGUCGCCAACGGCACCUGGAGCAAGACUCACUACUUCACCGAAGGAGAGACGUUCUACCGGUUCAUGUCUGACCUCGGGUUCACGUUCGUGGCAGCGUUCGUGCUGUGUCUCGUGGUGGACGCGCCCUUCUCCACGCUCCAGAAACUCAUGAUGGGAGGUAACAAGAAAAGACCACAAAAGCCUAAUAUCAGCGAGCCUACCAUCGUAAUAGAAGACGGCAGAGUGUUCAAAACUACUCUCUAGUGAUCAUAGUUUUAUUAUUUAUACACUUAUAUAUAAAGUAGGCAUUAAAUCUCAGUAUUUACAAUUAUAAUAAUAUUAAAUUAAGCUCGCGGAUCGAAUGAACGAAAUAAAUAUGUUAAUCUCUCUUAUAGAAUUGUAAAAUAAAGUAGAUCUAUAGGUCUAUAGGUAUUUAAUAAUAAAUAAAAUAAUUAUGUGAUUACGUAAGAUUUAAAUUAGUUUAUGAAAAUAUUUGAAGUGAUAUGAAUGCGCAUAAAUAUUGAAUAAAUGCCAGGGUAAUAAUAUAAUGUGGAAAUUGAUUGAUUGUGACUAAAUAUAUCAACGGAAUAUAA